CAAAUCUCCACCUUCCCAAUUAAAACCCUAACCCUAACAAUCCCCAAACCCCAGAAAUUCGACUACCCAAACCCUAACAAUCCCCAAUCGACACCCUCUCGUUUCGAUUUCCAAGUGCAGAUUGUUCUUCUUCUAACGGUCGAUCAAGAUGGUGUUAGCGCAACUGGGAGGGAGCAUAUCGCGUGCUCUCCAGCAGAUGAGCAAUGCGACGAUAAUCGACGAGAAAGCCCUCAACGAUUGCCUCAAUGAGAUCACUAGGGCUCUACUUCAGGCCGACGUUCAGUUCAAACUCGUCCGUGAUAUGCAGAAUAAUAUCAAGAAGAUCGUCAAUCUCGACGACCUCGCCGCUGGCCACAACAAGCGCAGGAUUAUUCAGCAGGCUAUUUUCAAUGAGCUCUGCAAAAUGUUGGAUCCUGGGAAGCCUUCUUUCACGCCAAAGAAAGGGAAAACUAGUGUAGUCAUGUUUGUCGGUUUGCAAGGGUCAGGUAAAACGACGACGUGUACCAAAUACGCAUAUUACCACCAGAAGAAGGGAUGGAAGCCAGCUUUGGUGUGCGCAGAUACAUUCAGAGCUGGUGCUUUUGAUCAGUUGAAGCAGAAUGCUACGAAGGCUAAAAUUCCGUUUUAUGGAAGCUAUAUGGAGUCGGAUCCUGUAAAAAUUGCAGUCGAAGGCGUAGAAAGAUUCAAGCAGGAAAAUUGUGAUCUUAUAAUUGUAGAUACCAGUGGACGCCAUAAACAAGAAGUUGCUCUUUUUGAAGAAAUGCGCCAAGUGUCUGAAGCAACGAAACCCGAUCUUGUUCUAUUUGUUAUGGAUAGCAGUAUUGGUCAAGCUGCAUUUGAUCAAGCUCAAGCGUUCAAGCAAAGUGUUGCAGUUGGAGCUGUGAUUGUUACUAAGAUGGAUGGUCAUGCGAAGGGUGGUGGUGCUUUGAGUGCAGUCGCUGCUACAAAAAGCCCUGUAAUAUUUAUUGGAACUGGAGAGCAUAUGGAUGAGUUUGAAGUUUUUGAUGUUAAACCAUUUGUCAGUCGCCUUUUAGGCAUGGGUGACUGGUCUGGAUUCAUGGACAAAAUUCAUGAAGUUGUACCUAUGGACCAACAGCCAGAGCUUUUACAGAAGCUUUCGGAAGGAAACUUCACCUUGAGGAUAAUGUAUGAGCAAUUUCAAAACAUACUCAAAAUGGGUCCCAUUGGCCAGGUUUUUUCAAUGCUUCCAGGAUUUAGUCAAGAGUUAAUGCCAAAAGGACGUGAAAAGGAAAGCCAAGCAAAGAUCAAACGUUACAUGACUAUGAUGGAUUCGAUGACUAAUGAAGAGUUGGAUAGCACCAACCCUAAGCUCAUGAAUGACUCGAGGAUUAUGCGGAUAGCAAGGGGGUCUGGCCGGCAGGUUAGAGACGUGAUGGAAAUGUUGGAUGAGUACAAGCGACUCGCCAAGAUUUGGAGCAAGAUGAAGGGGCUUAAGAUUCCUAAGAAGGGAGAAAUGAGUGCGUUGUCACGGAACAUGAAUGCACAACACAUGAGCAAAGUCCUUCCCCCACAGAUGUUGAAGCAGAUUGGCGGCAUGGGAGGGUUGCAAAACUUGAUGAAGCAAAUGGGUUCCAGUAAAGACAUGAUGGGCAUGUUUGGCGGUGGGGAUAAGUAGUUUCUGGCAACUGCAAAAGCAAUCGCUGCAAAUUGUUUCAAGUACAACCAUAGGAAGUUUGGUUGGUAGAGGAACAAACAGCAUCCGGGCCUCUAAACUCAUGACAAUAGAAGCUUUCUUUUUCUUUUCUUUUUUUUUUUCCGCAUUUGUUGUAAUUUCUUUCCGGUUCAUUGGUUAUUUAUUUUUCACCUGGUAGAAUGACGGUUUCUUGUACAAUUUUCUGACAGCAAGUUACGUGUGCAGAUAAUAGCAAUAGAAUUCCAACCUCUAA